AAGGAUCGGCAGUGAUGAUGAAGAGGUGAUGGCCCACGCGCACACAUCACUUUACCUGCAGUAGGAUUAUGGCAGGAGCACAACGCACGUCCAAUGGCAGCAACACAAACUAUCACAACAAAGAUGAUUCACAAGUUUCUUCAUUCAAUCACUCCUCAUUCAACCAGUGUUUGCAGAUUGCCCCCAGGCCUCUCAUUCAAAACCAUCUCAACCAUCACAUGAACUCAGACACUCAGCCACAACAGGUCUCCCUUAGCUACAAGUCAUUCACUUCCUUUAAUGGCUCAUGUGAUGAUGAUUGCAGUAGCUUGGCCUCUCAGGACUCUGGUAUCCCCACCCUUGAGAUCCACCCUCCAGAGCAUAUACAUGCUCGAGACAUGACUGCUGAGCUGGUGGUUCCACAUCCACAAGAUGAUAAUCCUGCAACACUAUACUUGGAUGUCUCAGAUAGCUCCUUACUUAAGUCUUCCACCUUCCCCUGUUGUGACUUUGACUCAGUGCGUCUCUAUGGUGCAAGCAGGCUCUACAGUGGGGCAGGCAAGGGCACUUUGAACCGCAGUGAUGAUAUUUCAGUCAGCAGCGUGUCCAGUUUAAGUACUGAGUUUUCUGCCACAUUGUCAGUCAGUAAUGAGGACUUCCUAGACUUCAUGAUUACAUCAGAGUCCAGCGCCGUUGUUACAUUUGAGAAUGAAGAUGUCCUGCACCGUUCAGACAUUUCGCUGUCACCCCCCACCGACCUACACGGCAAGCUGAGCAGCCCACAAUGGCAACCUGUGGGGCUGUCAACACCACAUGAGGCUAGGCCGAAAAGACUGGGACCACUUGCCAGCUUCUUCUACAGGAGUCUAAGGAGAAAAAAUGACACUGGUGCACCUGAAGGUCAGAGAGAGCCUGGAUGGAAGCUGUUUGGUAAAGUUCCACCUAAAGAAGUUUCAACCAAAAACCCCAGGAAAAUACAAAAGGAAUAUGAAAGGAGUGGACACACAGGCAAUCCCACAUCUCCCAAGAAGAAUGUAAGAAAGAACCUGGACUUUGAGCCACUUUCAACCACAGCACUUAUACUGGAGAACCGCCCUGCAAAUCUUCCAGCAAAGCCAGAAGAAGAGGCCCAGAAACACAGAGAAGAAUAUGAGGAAAUGGUGGCUCAGGCCAAGAGGAGAGAGCUGAAAGAGGCCCAGAAACGGAAAAAGCUGCUGGAGGACAGGUGUAAACUAGAGGAAAGUAUUGGCAAUGCUGCUUUCACCUGGAGUCAAGAAAUACUGCCCAACUGGCAUAGCAUGUGUUCAUCUAAGCGGGUGAGGGAUUUGUGGUGGCAGGGUCUACCACCGAGUGUAAGGGGCAAAGUCUGGAGUCUAGCGAUAGGAAAUGAACUCAACAUCACAGAUGAGCUGUAUAACAUUUGUUUGGCAAGAGCUAAGGAGAAGUGGAAUGCUUUUCUAGCUCCACCGGCUUCUACAGAAACAGAGUGUGAAGAUGCAGGCUUGUUCCAUGCUGAUCGAGAGGCCAGUCUAGAAUUGAUAAAGUUAGACAUUUCCAGAACCUUUCCCAAUCUCUGUAUAUUCCAGCAGGGGGGGCCAUACUAUGAUGUAUUACACAGCAUUCUGGGAGCCUACACCUGUUAUCGUCCUGAUGUGGGAUAUGUACAGGGAAUGUCCUUUAUUGCAGCUGUGUUGAUCCUCAACAUGGACACUGCUGAUGCCUUUAUUGCUUUUGCCAAUUUGCUGAACAAGCCUUGUCAAAUGGCUUUCUACAGAGUAGACCACAGCCUUAUGUUGACAUACUUUGCAGCAUUUGAAGUGUUCUUCGAAGAAAACCUACCAAAGCUAUUUGCACAUUUUAAGAAUAACAACAUGUCAUCUGAUAUUUAUUUAAUUGACUGGAUCUUCACUUUGUACAGCAAAUCCCUCCCACUGGACAUUGCAUGUCGUGUGUGGGAUGUAUUCUGUCGAGAUGGCGAGGAAUUUCUGUUCCGCACAGCACUGGGUAUUCUACGUCUUUACGAGGACAUUCUCACACACAUGGACUUUAUCCACAUUGCUCAGUUCCUGACACGCCUGCCAGAGUGCAUCUCUGCUGACGAGCUCUUCUUCAGUAUAACCAACAUUAACAUCAACUGCAAGAACAAGAAAUGGACACAAGUUCUUCAGACUUUGCAGAAAGGACAAGAUCGUGGCAGUCCACUACUGAAAUGCUAAGGAUACAACUUCACAUUUCAGUUUAAAUACAGAGACAAAGAGACAACCUCAUGUUCACUCUGCAUGGGUACUCCUGCAUACUUCUGGUACCACAUCAAAAAUAUGGCAGGUUUUAAAUAAAUACAAUUCCAGUAGCUCCCAAUAUGUGUCCUGUUCCAUGCAAACUGUUGCUUGGGAAGACAAGCUGAGUACACAGAAACUGUGUCGGACCUGAAACAUGUCGCAUGAAUGUACACUUCAUCAGUAAAUCAGCGCUGCUCCAGAAUUGCAGGUGUGGUCUGUUGAACGUGAGUUUGUAAAGCUCAGCUCUGUUUUCUGUCUUAUUUUCACCCUCACCCUUUAUCUUUUCCUUUAUCCUUUUCUUUGCUUCAGCUUAAAGGGAUAGUUGACCCAAAAAUGAAAAUUCUCUCAAUUUACUCACCCUCAUGCUAUCCAAGAUGUGUAUGACUUUCUUUCUUCUGCAGAAAAUAAACAAGAUAAAUAAAAAAGAUAUUCUUCUAAAAAUAUCAGCUCUCUAGGUCGUCACAAUGCAAGCGAAUGGUGACCAGAAAGCACAUCAAGUCAGCAUAAAAGUAAUCCAUAGACUCCAGUGGUUAUGUCCAUGUCUCCAGAAGUGUUAUGAUAGGUGUGGGUGAGAAACAGAUCAAUAUGUAAGUCCUUUUUCACUAUAAAUUCUCCCUACCCAGUAGGUGGCGAAGCGCACAAAGAAUGUGAAUCGCCAAAAACAAAAGAAGAAUGUUAAAGCAAAAGUGGAGAUUGAUAGAAAAAAAGGACUUAAAUGGUGAUCUGUUUCUCACCCACACCUAUCAUAUCGCUUGUGAAGAUAUGGAUUUAACCACUGGAGUCACAUGGAUUACGGUUAUGCUGUCUUUAUGUGCUUUUUGGACUUUCAGAGUUCUGGUCACCAUUCACUUGAAUUGUAUGGACCUACAGAGCUUAAAUAUUCUGUUUGUGUUCUGCAUCUGGGAUGGCAUGAGUGUGCGUAAAUGAUGAGAGAAUUUUCAUUUUUGAGUGAACUAUUCCUUUAAGCUUGGUGUUUAAAUGCAAGUAAAAGAAAAUGUAAAUUUUUUGCUGUGAUUUUCUCAUGUUGUUUUUAUAUGAUGUUUGUUUUCUCAUCUGUGGUGUAUAUUGUUUUUAAUACUUGUGAAAAUAUUAAUUGACUUGAAAUGAGAUUCUUGGUCCUUUUUCUUGACCUCUGACUGUCCUUUAAAGCUUUAAUUGGCAUUCUUCCCUUGUAGUAUGUUGAAAUGUGGGAGGUUUAUUUUGUGGAGCUGGAAUUGAACAAAUCAUUAGAAAGGAUGCAAUGUCAGGAAAUCUCAUGUUUUUUCCUAAUGCUUUUUGCACACUUAUUGUAUGUCUCUUUGAAGCUCAGAUUGAUUCUACCUGUUACUACAUGUAUCUGUAAUCUUUCCUUUCUCACAAGUGUCUUGAUAUACUGAUGUGCUUGUGGUGGUGUUACAGUACUCUCUCUCCCUCCCCCAUUUCUGUUAUUGAAAUUAAUUGUGCCACUCUAUAACCAAAUGUGCUGAAAUACAAGCAUAAGGAUGUUUAUUAAUAAAGUUUAUAGGAAGUUUAGUCAACAACGAUGGUAUAUUUUACAAAAAAGAAAUUGACUAUAAUGUGGCUUUAACAUUGUGGUGCAAACUGGUUCAGUUCACUUCUCAGUGGUUGAAGUGUUAAAAAGAGAGAAGGUGACACAAGGUAGGAGUUCCUUUCAGAGAUGAGAUGGCUCAUCUUGUCUUUAUGCUUGACAUCUCAUUUUGCAAUUAACAGCAGAGAAACUAGCCUCUCUGGGUUUUGCAGUAACCUUUUGACAUUAAACACUAAAUCAGGUUGAGAGAAAAAAAAAAAAUCUGAUUAUUCAAAAUGUAUUAAUUUGCACAAAUACCAUGUACCUUCAGUAGACUUUGCUAGGUUUAUUUUGUAGGAAUGUUCUUUUUUUUUAAUUUUUUUUUUUUUUUUCCUCGUGUGAGUGUGUGAGAGGAAUGCACUUAUUUGUGGGACCACACUGUAACAGCAAUAACUUAUCUCAUUUUCACUUUAUUUUAUGUUUAAAGAAGUGAAUGUAUAACUUUGGUGAUGCUGAAAUUAAAGUUUUUGUUUGUUU